GCGGCGCGUGCGCAGGCGGAGUGGGAUCGGAGCUUAGGAGUAGCGCAGUCGCGGGUGGCGGGCACCAUGCUGGCACCCGAGGCUGAGCGGGUGCUGCAGUACCUGGUGGAAGUGGAGGAGCUCGCCGAGGCGGUGCUGGCGGACAAGCGGCAGAUUGUAGACCUGGACAUGAAAAGGAACCAAAACCGAGAGGGCCUGAGGGCUCUGCAGAAGGAUCUCAGCCUGUCUGAAGAUGUAAUGGUUUGCUUCGGAAACAUGUUUAUCAAGAUGUCUCACCCUCAGACUAAGGAAAUGAUUGAGAAAGAUCAGGAUCAUCUGGAUAAAGAAAUAGAGAAACUCCGGAAACAACUGAAAGUGAAGGUCAACCGCCUGUUUGAGGCCCAAGGCAAACCGGAGCUGAAGGGUUUCAACCUGAACCCCCUCAACCAGGAUGAGCUUAAAGCUCUCAAGGUCAUCUUGAAAGGAUGAAAUUCAAGAACCAACAUAGGGGACCUAAUACCAGAAUUCCCCCCUGGGGUCAUGCAGGACCCAGAACACUCCAGCCUUUGAAACCUGCAAGGACGGUAUCUGCCCUGCAAGGGGACAGGCAUCUGGCCACUGCUCCUGUAUGGAGCGUCUUUCUCUGUGACACUUGACUGAUUCGUGACAGCAGGAGGGAACCCUCAGCCUUCCAGUGUCUUCCAGGCCUGUCCACAGGGGCUGGAAAGACACAAGACCCAUUGACAGGCCCGAGCAGCCACCAGUGGGUGGGUGUGGGCAGCGCCUGUGGGGGUAUGAGGACUGCAGCGGCACUUCUCAACAGUGGCCUGCUGUUUGAAUGGCCUGGGCAGGGAAGAAGGGAGAGGGGAAGAGUGGGAGCUUCGUUCCAGCAUUCCUCUCAGAAAGGGAGACAUUUUCAAGCAGCGUGUGUAACAAUUGGAAUGAAGCAGGAGGCUCACAGGUGGUUUCUGAACAAAGGACAGAAUCUCGGUGCUCGUGGUCCACCACAACUAUCUGUGGAGCAGACAUACCAUUUCUCCCCGCUGGCUCCAUUUUGGCCUGUUUUUCCUGCUUGCUUCCAGACAGCCCGGAGUGGGUGCCACUUGUCCACCCCCUGCAGCUGCUCUUUGGUCAGGAAGGCUGUGCAGAGUCCUGCACCAGAGAUGGGCAAGGGAGGCUGCCUCUUAACACGCUUCAUGCCCCGCCCCAACCCCAUCACCUCUGAGAGCAGGGCCAGGGCUGCUCAGAGUUUCCUUAUCUUCAGUGUGAAUGCACUGUGAGGGCAACGCGGUGUCUUUCCUGUUCAUUGAGGGCUCAAUAAAUGUUACCUAAAUGAAUGAAUAGCA